UGAAAUAGUAAAAUAAUACUAUCCCCGACUCCGAGCUAUAAACAGAGAAUAUUCCCAGCAUAGAAUUUUAUUUCCGCCCAGCCUCUGCCUCUCAUUUCGUUCUUUACGCCAAGGGAAUAUAUACCAGAAGAAAUAAAAUCUCAGUAUUUACUGUCAUCUACGCCCUCUAACGUUUUUUUAUUUGUUUAGACUAGACUUUACCUUCCAGAGCGCUUUUAGUCCUCCGCCAAAAUGGUGGUGGUAAAUCCAGAGAAGCUGGUCAGCUUGCAGCACAAUGCAGAUGGUGUGAGGAAUAUCUGUAUUUUAGCGCAUGUUGACCACGGCAAGACCUCCCUCACCGACGCCCUCCUCGCCACCAACGGCAUCAUAUCCCCCAAACUCGCCGGCAAGAUCCGCUACCUCGACUCGCGGCCCGACGAGCAGCAGCGCGGCAUAACCAUGGAGUCCUCCGCCAUCUCCCUCCACUUCUCGAUGAUGCGAAAGUCCGCGCCGGACGCAACACCCGAGAUGAAGGAGUACCUGAUAAACCUGAUCGACUCCCCAGGACACAUCGAUUUCAGCAGCGAGGUGUCCAUCGCGUCGCGGCUCUGUGAUGGGGCGGUGGUGCUUGUUGAUGCCGUGGAGGGCGUCUGCAGUCAAACGGUAACAGUUUUACGGCAGACGUGGAUUGAGAAUAUGAAGCCCCUGCUUGUUAUUAAUAAGAUGGAUAGGCUGAUUACGGAGCUGAAGAUGAGCCCGGGGGAGGCGUAUAUACACCUCAACAAGCUGCUGGGACAGGUUAAUGCCGUCCUAGGCAGCUUCUUCCAGGGAGAGCGGAUGGAAGAAGAUCUGAAUUGGCGUGAGAAGGUCGACGAGAGAGUCGCUGCUGCGGCAGCGGCGAAACUUAAGACUUCCGCCUUGGACGAAUCCGAUGUUGAUGUCUCCGCAUCGGCCGAGUACGAGGAGCGCGACGACGAGGACAUCUACUUCGCGCCCGAAAAGAACAAUGUCAUCUUCAGCAGCGCCGUUGAUGGCUGGGCAUUCACAGUUAGGCAAUUCGCUAGUUUAUACGAGAAGAAGCUUGGGAUCAAGCGGAACGCUAUGGAGAAAGUGCUCUGGGGCGACUUCUACCUCGAUCCCAAGACCAAGAAGGUGCUAGCGCACAAGCAUCUAAAGGGCCGCAACCUGAAGCCGAUGUUCGUCCAGCUCGUCCUGGAGCAGAUAUGGGCAGUUUACGAGGCUACCACCGGUGGCGAUAAGGGGAAGGGUGACCCUGUCAUGACUGAAAAGAUCACGAAAUCACUCGGCAUCACCCUCCCGCCAAAUCUCAAGCGGUCCCGAGACCCGAGGGCGAUUCUCACAGCGCUCUUCUCGUCGUGGCUCCCGCUCUCGACGGCUAUGCUCGUCUCGGUUAUCGAAUCGCUCCCCUCGCCACCCGCAGCACAAGCUUCAAGAUUACCUUCAUUAAUCGACGCCUCCCCGGGCUUUGACCACGUCGACCCCGCCGUCCGCGACGCAAUGGUCAGCUUCAAAUCCGCCAAGGGCGACCCCGUCGUCGCAUACGUCAGCAAAAUGGUCUCCGUCCCCGAGAGCGAGCUCCCACAAAACAAAGGCCGCGUAGGUGGAAUGCUAAGUGCCGAGGAGGCAAAAGAACUCGGUCGUCGGAAGAGAAUCGAGAUUGCGCGAGCUCUAGCAGCAGAAGGGGCCGCAGCAGAAGCAGAAGGUGGUGCCGACGUCCCAGAUAGCGUUGAUAGCGUCGUCGAUACCUUCGCCAAUACUACCAUCUCUGCGCCAAACGGGGGCGAGGAGGAGAAGAAGGUGGAUAAAGAACAUCUCAUUGGAUUCGCGAGGUUGUUCUCGGGAACCCUCUCCGUAGGCGAUUGCGUUUACGUCCUCCCUCCUAAAUUCUCGCCCGCACACCCACAUCUCAGCCCUGAGCCACAUAAAGUCACCAUCACGGGGCUCUAUCUCCUAAUGGGCCGCGGUCUGGAACCGCUCACCACCGUCCCCGCCGGCGUCGUCUUCGGUAUUGGUGGUCUAGAGGGACAUAUUCUCAAAUCCGGCACGCUGUGCAGUCAGCUCGAGGGAAGCGUCAACUUGGCUGGUGUAGCGAUGGGAUCGCAACCUAUUGUCCGCGUGGCGCUGGAGCCGGAGAACCCGGCUGAUCUGGAGAAGAUGAUUCAGGGGCUCAAAUUACUUGUUCAGAGCGAUCCGUGUGCAGAGUACGAGCACUUUGAGAGCGGAGAGCAUGUCCUCCUUACUGCGGGGGAAUUACAUCUCGAGCGCUGUUUAGGGGAUUUGAAGGAUAGGUUCGCACGCUGUGAGAUUCAGGUCGGAGAACCGAUCGUUCCGUAUAGAGAGACGAUUGUUAGAGCAGAAGAGAUGCGGCCACCUGCGGAUAAGGAGCUGGGUAGGGGAACGGUAGUGUCAAUCACGACAUCUAAACAAGUCACAGUCAAACUACGCGUCCGCCCUCUCCCAAAGAAAGUCACAGACUUCCUAGUCAAGAACUCCGGAGCCGUGCGACGCCUCUACUCCGACCGCAAAGCCGAAGAGCAAACCCGAAACCAAGACGCUCAAUCCGACGCCGCCUCCGACAAAGACGACUUAGAUGUCGGCGCCGUCGUAGAUACAGCAGUCCUCUCCCUCGAAGACUUCAAAUCCCAACUCCUCACCGCCUUCGACAGCGUCAAAUCUGAGCGCGACAUCUGGGCUGGUGUGAUUGAGAAGAUCACCGCCUUCGCCCCGCGCCGCACUGGUCCAAAUCUGCUUAUAGAUAAUGCCGGGAUCUGUGGACGGUUUUUAAGGUCUACUGACGCUGAGGAGGUCGCGUCGGAUAAGCAGGAAGAUGCGCAAACGAUCCAGCCAAGGGAUUUCGCAGAUAACAUAUCCUACGCCUUCCAACUCGCCUGUGCCCAGGGCCCCUUGUGCAAUGAGCCCGUCCAGGGCAUCGCAGUGUUUUUGGACGAAGUUACUGUUGCGCCUAACGCGGAUGACUCGUCCUCGCGCGACCAGCUCGGUCGGUUGACGGGUGAAGUCAUCAAAACAGCCCGCUCAGCCAUCCACGCCGGUUUCCUCGACUGGUCACCCCGCCUUCUCCUAGCGAUGUACUCGUGCGAAAUCCAAGCCUCCACCGAAGUCCUGGGUCGCGUCUACGAAGUCCUCACGCGUCUGCGCGGCCGCAUCUUAUCCGAAGCGCUUAAUGAAGGAACACCCUUCUACACCAUCCUCUCCCUGCUCCCGGUGGCAGCGAGUUUCGGCUUCUCUGACGAGAUGAGGAAGAGGACGGCGGGGCUGGCGAGUCCGCAGUUGAAGUUCGCGGGCUUUGAGGUACUGGAUGAAGAUCCCUUCUGGGAGCCGAGGACGGAGGAGGAGUUGGAGGAUUUGGGGGAGUUUGGGGAUAGGGAGAAUGUGGCGAAGAGGUAUGUGGAUGGGGUGAGGGAGAGGAAGGGGCUGUUGGUUAGGGGGAGGGGGAAGGGGAUGGGGGAGGGGGAGAAGGGGAGGACUUUGAAGAGGUAG